AUGCAGGUCAUCGAUGGCCGCGCUCUUCGACAUGCCUUUGAGAGCUUGGACGACGACGGCUCGGAGCAGGUGACACCCCAGGAGCUCUACGACGAGCUUGUGGAGUUGGACAGCAGCAUCACCAUCGAAGAUGUCGUGAAGCAUGUGGAGGCGGCUGAGCUGGAACUGGAGGACUCCGACGAAGAAGACGAUACGAAGGACCAUGCCAUUGACUACACGGAGUUCAUGCAGCUCUUUCCCGUGCGUGUGGAAAGGGUGCGCCAGCUCAAGGAGCGCUUGCGGAACUCCGAGAAGCGCUCCAAGGAGCUCUGCAAGCCUCUUGAAGACGUGACCCCGUCGGUCGAGAGAUGGCUGAGGUCCAUGGAAACUGCGACGUUGACCAUCCAGGAUCUCGCCUCCAAGAUUGUGGAUCCGCGGCACGCCGACACCAUGAUGGAGGCGGCGAGAAACCUGAAGAAGCAGAUGGCCAAGGUGGAUGAAGGCUUGAAGACCGUCCCGGGACCGCUGGACCCGCAGGAGCUGAUGAUAAAGUUCCGCACCAGCAGCCGAAAGAGCGCGAAGGACCCCAGCUACAACAGCUUCGUGCAGGACAUGGCGCUGCUGGAAAGCUGGCAUCUUCUCUUGGCCUUCGAGAACAAGAACAUGAAGAUGGCCAUGUCUGCCGGCGGGGGUUCGGGGAACGAUGCCAUCGACAAGUGGAAGCUCCACGAAGCCGCAGAAGCUGCCGCGAACAAGAUCCACAAGACCAUCAGCAAGGUGAGACUCCAGCUCUUGGAGUACACGUCCUUCGCCGAAGUCAUGUCUUCCUUGGAGGGGAGUUUGGUGGACGACCCGAAAAACCAGGACAGGCUCAAGCUGUCAGGCCGGGGACUCCCCCCCCGCAUGGGAGAAGAAGAGGAGGAGGACGGGGGAGAGCUCGUCGAGGGGGACGAAGAUGCAGGUAUGUGCUCGUGCAUUACCCGUUGCUGCGCAUGA